AUGGAUCCUUUCCAGUGGCCUCAAAUGUACGCAGACGCUUACACCUGGAGUUUUACCAUUCCACGACGCGAAUUCCAUGAUCCUAGCACUGACCUGUGGUAUGCUUGGUGGUCGCCAGCUUUUUCUGACGAUUUUGAGCCACUAUCUCCUGGUCAUGUCUUUGGCAAGCUGAAGUCCACCCACCGUGAUCACCUAUUUCGACUGUACGAGCGGGCUAACAAGCGCGUCGGCUCCUACAAGCUAUUCCGAGAAAACAAGCAAGAUGCGGUUGUUGGAUGGGUCACCGGGUUGCACUCUAGGCAAUUUCUGGAGAUAUGGAGCAUGAUGGAUUACCUUGAGAUCUUUGAGCCAUGGUUGAAAUUUGAGGACAAAGCGCACGGGGUCAACAAGACUUGGAUGGGGUGCUUCACCAAAGACUCCGCUAUCAUGUUGAGGCUCCACAAGGCUGGUGUACCUGUGUGGUUGAUACGAGAUGUCAGGCUCGUCAAUGAUAAGAUUAACAUCUGCCAAGUCAUUCCCUUCACUCCUGCUGACCUUGUGUUUGGGAUGUACCUCCAUCCCAUUAAGAACUUCGCUCAACCUUUCGAUAUCCGUUACAAGGGUCCAAGUGAUCAUCAACGCCAGGCUGUGGUUCGUCAACCGUACCUUACUUUUGAAGAGAUCCCUAUGGAUCAAACCGAAGUCAAUCACUUUGCAGCUUCCAGAGAGCCGUCAUCGGGUAAAGCGCCCACCAAGACCACGAAAAAUAAGUCCGCAGUAUAUGAACCGACCGCUCUGCGCCAGAACCAGUCUCAAGUUGGACGUGACAAAUGGUGCGAUGUGGCUCACCCGUUCAUGCCCAACAUCAACACCUUCUUCGCAUCGGCUAUGACUCACGCGGACAAAGAUUUGAGUCAUGUCAAGCCAACCCACGCAAGAAUGGAUGAGGGAUACAGGCUCCCCGAUCCUGGAUUAUUUGUCAACAUCCUUUCCUCGCAGUCUCUGAAGAAAUAUCUCGCUAACUGGUUGGCAUGCCGUGAGUCGUGGCUGAGGCAUGUUUAUAUGUCGCCUCCAUCUCCGCUCCCUCGGUCCCAAAGCUGGCGUGAUCUAUUGAUCACGCAGCCAACAACACCACAGCCCUCAUCGUCAAGUGGUCAGAUGCCAUCAGGCAAGACUGGCAAGUCCAAAGCCAAACUCGACCUGUUCUUUGGAGAUGAAUUAUCGCUCCUAUGCCAGUUUUGGACUGGAUCCCAGAUGUUGCAAUGGAGGGGUCAGAAAAUCGAAGCAGCAACGCUCGAGAAUCCGCCGCAUCGUCUCAUUCAACAGAUCAUAUACGAGAUUUGCGAGCAAAGCUUCCGAUACGACCUUCUGGAACUCGAUGAACAUCUUGCUGGUCAUAUGCGGCUGGAUCGGGAGGCGAAGAAGUGUCGCAUGGAGUUGCUCCAUGGAAUUUUUCCUCAGCAUGCCCUCAGCAUGUGGGAUAAGGAUUUUUCGACUCGGAAUGAUGGACUUAAUGCUGAGUCUUUCCAGGAUGCUCUUCCAUAUUUCGAGAAUUUUCGUCAAGUGUUGAUCGCAUGGGACGGUGCUCCUCAAGAUCUCAAACAGCCUUUCACCGAGUCGAUGCCCGAGGGAGAGAAGUGGCAACGCAUGAAGCAAUGUGCCCUGUUUUAUGUACAAUCAUUUUAUGACAACACAGGUCGCCCCCCCGUGGUCCCUCAUAUACUUUACGUGGGUCCAUAG